AAUAAGAAAGUCCGGUUCUUCCAACCAACCGGUCCGAAGUCCAAACAAAAGAAACCCGGUCCAGUCCAGGUUCAACUCUGUUCAAUAUUUGCAAGAUUCAGAAAGUUAGAUACGACCAUCGCAUCAGAUUUGAAUAGAGAGAUAUCAUGGCAGGAUUACUGCAAUGGGCAGCAGAUGUUGUAGGAGGUCAUGGUGGUGGCAAUAGCAAUGAACUGGACGAUGAUGCUAUCCCAUUAAUUUUCACUGAAGACCAACACAAGUAUGUUCAAGAAUUAGAUCAAAAGGCAUCAUCUUUAAGCCGUUCGAUUCAAGAUCUACGCCUCAGAUUGCCUCCACCUGACAUCUCCCAACGUCUCCCUCAUCUCCUUGCCCAUUCUUUAGCUUCCAAUGCUGCUCUUGCUUUGCAAUUGAAUGCUCACUCAGCUACUAAGGAGCAAGCUCAACUGAGAGAGGUAACUUUGCUGGAAGAAAAUGUUGCAUAUGAAAAGGCCAUAUCAAAUUGUGAGAACAAUUUACAGGAGAAAAUGCAGGAAGCAGAUUUACUUCAGAAGAAGUUACAGGAAAUGGAUCACUAUGAAAAACAAUUGAGGCAGGAGCUCGAAAACACAGAAAGUACAUUGGACACCAAUCAGUCUAGAAGACCGGGUGAAUCAAUAGUGUCUGAAACAGAAGAUGAAGCUGGAUCAAAUACAAAAUUUGAAAAUUCCACUUUAUUGGAGAAGUUGGAGAACAAGAAAACGGAAAUGAGUUCAAUGGAAGAUAUUGUUCAAAAUUUAGAGAAAAAAUGGGCACACGUUCAGCAUAGUACACUCAAGCAGCCUACACCAGUUCAAAGAGAGAAGAUAUUGGACAAACAACUACAUAGCUUAAUUGAGCAACUAGCUGCAAAACAGGCACAGGCUGAGGGACUGGUCAAUGAAAUCCAUUUGAAAGAGAUAGAGCUAGAAAGAUUAAACGGAUUGUGGAGGCGGCUUGAAAGCAGCAAUUUAGAGAUUAAUACUGCCAGGAAUAGGUUUGGAAGAAGCAACUCGGACAAGGGAUCAUCAUCUUCCUCUUCUUUGGAGUAUAUAGCUGACAAGCUUCCUUAUUCUACUAGUGGUCGAACAGAACAGCAGCAGAGGCUUAUGCUACUGAGGUCUGCUUUUGUGCUCUACAUCUUGUUGUUGCAUGUCUUGGUCUUUAUCAAGAUCUCAUUUUGACUAGCAUGGACGCGCUCUUUCUUGUCUUAGAAUAUAUUUACUUUCAUUAAUGAUAUCUUUUGUUGCUUGCUGAACCUGAUGUAGUAUCUCUAUUGUAUGGAAUGUAAUUUCACAUUCUUGUACAUAGAAUAAUACAUUCCUUUUCUUGUGUAAGGUUGUCAUGCAUGUGGAAUAAAAUGCCAUUUUUCCUUGUCCUCUCUA